GGAAGGAUCGUUCGAUAAGGCGCACGUGCGGCCGCGUCGCGGAUCCAGUCAUUCAGUGAGAGACCGAGCGCGGACUCGUUGUCGUCGUUGUUCAGUGCGAGUCUUGUAGUGAGCCAAGUUUGUUUUCUCUGCUUCUUUGCCAGGAAGGGAUUUUCACUAGUGGAGUCGGGCUGUCCUCGACGAUAAUGCUCGAGAUGUCUUGCAGCAGCAUUGGUGUAGCUCUUUUCUUUCUCGCGGUGAUGAUCUGCGCGAUCAGCGAGGUCGCCAGGUACCACACCAAACACUUUGUCUUCGUCAUUAUCAGCGCGAUAUGGGCGACAUGGCCGAUACCGCUGAUGUUCUUCAGAGUCAGGGAUUGGCGAAAUGCUUUGAUACCAGCUUGGGGUGCGAGACAAGCCGCCAAGGUGAUCGGUAUUAAUUACCAAGUUCGAGGGAAGGAGAACAUUGUCAAAGACAGCGGAGCAGUCGUACUGAUCAAUCAUCAAAGUAAUCUCGACCUUUGUGUGCUUGCCCAACUUUGGCCGAUUCUCCAAAGGUGCACCGUCAUCUCGAAGAAACAGGUUCUGUACUUCGGCACAUUCGGUCUGGCGAGUUGGCUCUGGGGCACGAUCUUCAUCGACAGAGUCAAAAAGGAAGAGGCCCAAAGUACCGUCAAUUCAACCGCUGAAAUUAUCAAAAGAAGAAAGGCAAAAGUACUGAUGUAUCCUGAAGGAAAGAGGCACACGGGCUCGAGCUUGUUACCGUUUAAGAAAGGCGGAUUCCACGUGGCAAUUGACUCGCAAACGCCUAUUCAGCCAGUAGUCGUCUCGAGAUAUUACUUUAUAAACGACAAAUUGAAAAAGUUUGACUCGGGUACCAGUUACAUCACGAUACUGCCGCCGAUACCAACCAAGGGCUUGACCAAGGCCGACCUGCCCCAGCUGAUCGAGCAGACGUAUCAGGUGAUGAACAAGGUCUACCAGGAGUCCACCCAGGAAGCACUGGAGAGCCACAUGGAGAGCUUGAAACUGGACUAGAGUGUUUUUUCGUUAUCUCUUCAACGAUCAGUGAUUUAAAGUGCGCGUCGCAUCGCGAUCGACGUAUAGAAUGCGUGUCGCGGCCUUCGCUCGAGCAAAAAGCGAAAGCGCGUGAAGGCGUCGUUGUUUUUUCGAAGAAAUGAUGUUGCUUAUUUUUAAGAGGAUGAUGCUCGCGCUGCCUUGUUUAUAUUUCGUCAAAAAUUUGUGCUAAUGUGAGAGCGACUUGUCCAGAAAUUCAUGACUGUUGAUGAAUUUUGUAGUCUAAUUUUAAAUUUGAGCGUAUAAUGAGCUGUUUUGUGAAAGCGCGCCCUCAUCUCUUCUUAAAUGUGAUAUUAGGGACAGGUAUUAACAUUUCAUACAUCAUCACAUUGUAUAUCGAAGGAAUGUAAUUUGCUGUAUACUCGACGCCGGAUGUCGAGUAUACUUAUUUUUUUAAUAACUUAAUGUUAACUAUAUUUAAUAUGGUAUAUAUAUAUAUAUAUAUAUAUAUAUAUAUAUAUAUAUAUACCCUAUAGAUUAAAUACGAGACUGUUCCUAAUUUUUGUAAAGAAUCGAUGUAUGAAAUUGUCACUAUAUAUAGAUUUUUUAAAAGUCCCGAUGUUGAUAUAUUAAUAUUUUAUGAAUUCCUUGUUAUAUGUUUAUUGUGAAUCACUUAAUAAAGUGUUUGCAAACUUUAUACAAAAAAUAUUGCCUUGCAAAUGAAUCCAAAAGUGCCAUGUACCCAAAAGGUGAUUGAAAAUCCAUCAUAUUUAGCAUACGUAUCCACUGUCUCGAGACCUAUAACCUUCCUUUAAUCGGUAUAAGAAUAAUGUGUGCUGGUAUUUUUACAUUUUUAUUACAGAAUUUUAGUAACCAAAAUGAGAUCAAUUAUCACAUUUUCUCAAUUUUAAUCUUUUGAAAUUGGGAAUUCAAACAUGCGCUGACAAUCCGCGGUAAAAUGAACACCCAAUCAGAUAACGAAUAGACUGGUUACCAUGUCUUUUUUAGAGUAGGAUAAUCAUUUGUAAAAGCAACAAGUCCCAUUGACCAAGAUGAGUAUUUCAUUAAACAAAAUAAUCUUCCAAGUGCUCUUUAUUGUCAUAUUCUUCACAGAAAAUUAUGGAUUGUACACGUUAUACUUGUACCGUUAUCAUGUAAAUAAACGUAAAAUAAGUUUCUGUUUUAGAAAUUUUUUUAAUUAUAGAAAUAAAGCCAUUUCUACAUGAUGAA